AUGGAUCACAGUUCCUUCAAGGCAGAGGUUCCUCCUGACGUUGACCAGCCUCCAAAGCUCCGCCUAUACCAUUACAUGUUUGUUCUGACGGAAAUCCUGGCAAAGAACUUGGAAAGUCUGGGCAUCUUUGAGGAGCACAAACUUAUCAGGCUGAUUGUUGAUGGCCUCCCAGCAUGCAGGGAUUCAAAGCUCUUCAUAAAGGAUCUGCAUUUUGAUGAGGUGCCAGUGAGGAUUUACCUCCCAAGAGAACCAUCUGCAAGCAAACGGAGAGGAGUCAUCUUCUUCCAUGGAGGAUGUGGGAUCUUUGGAAGCAUCAGAAGCUAUGACAGGAUCUGCAGGUCCAUAGCCAGCAAAUCUGAUUCAGUGGUUGUGUCUGUUGGGUAUAGGUUAUCUCCCGAGCACAAGCACCCAACCCAGACCCUGGACUGUCUCACUGCCACCCUGCACUUCCUGAAGGCUGCAGAAAACUAUGGGGUGGAUCUCCAUCGGGUGAUCAUCUGUGGAGACAGUGUAGGGGGCACUUUUGCUACCAGCAUUUGCCAAGAACUGGUAAGCAGAAGAGACACCCCAAAGAUACGUGCCCAGGUACUGAUCUAUCCCUUUCUCCAAGCACUGAACUUUAAUCUGCCAUCUUACCAGCAGAAUGCUUUCAUUCCCUUCUUGUCCCGAGAACGCACAGUCCAUUUCAUCCUGAAAUACCUGCAGAAGGAUUGCUCUCUGAAGGAAGCCAUCCUGGCAGGUUCUCACGUUCCUGAGAGUGCCACUUUGAAAUACAGGAAAUGGAUCAACCCAGAUCUUAUCCCGGAGACAUUUAAACUGGGCUACAAACCACCGCUACCCACUUCAUUUCUACCUCAUGUCUAUGAAGAAACAAAAGAACUGUUCAAGACAAGAAUUUCCCCACUGUUAGCAGAAGAUGCUGUUGUUUGCUGCCUUCCUGACACUUGUAUCAUCACCUGUGAGCACGACGUGCUCAGAGACGAUGGACUGUUGUACAAGAAACGCUUAGAGGACAACAAGGUAAAGGUGAGCUGGCACCACGUGAAAGAAGGCUUCCACUGCACACUGGGUUUUUUUGGUUACGGUAUUUUCUCUUUCCCAUCGUCACGCAAAGUGGUGAACCACAUUGUAGCCUUUCUGAAGAGCUACUAACGCGCGCGCGAACACAGGGAGCCGGCAUGCAGAGAGUGUACUCCAACUGACUGCUCACUGGCACCGAGGCAAGGAAUACCACGUCAAGAUUGGCACAGCCUGCUGCAUUCUCAUUACUUGGGAACACGAUGGGGUUUGGUUUGGGGUUGUUUGGUU